UGGGGAGCUACCAAAAGCAAGGAUAAUAAUUUACUCUUUAAAUAACAUUGUGGCUAUUACUAAACAUGGGUAGAAAGUGAGAAACUGAGGAUUACGUAUAUAAAAGUGUGGGAAGCUACCAAAAGCAAGAUCAUAAUUACUCAAUAUCAUAUAGCUCUUAAUCUCAUUUACUUUCUCCACCAUCUUAUAACAUCUUCUUGUCCAAUUCUUUUGAGAAAGAGAGAUAGAGAGAGAGAAUGGGAAAGAAAGGAGACGGGUUCUUUCUAAGCAGGAUAAGGGCUAAUGUAAGAGUCCAACCACCGACAACUACGAGCCAGCAUGGCUGCAGCCACGAGCCUCCAAGCUCCUCCACAGAGAUAAAAGGAAGAAGAAUCAUGGUCGUGGUUGAUUCUUGCUCGGAGGCUAAGAACGCUCUUCUUUGGACUCUCUCGCACUGUGCUCAGCCUCAAGAUUACAUUCUUCUUCUUUACUUUCUUAAAGCUAAACCCUCUCAAUCAGGUGGUGCUCUAGCUACCAAAGAAGAAGAAGAAGAAAAAGAAGGAGAAGAAUCUUGCGAGAAAACCACAACGUCAAGAGCUAAUAAAAAAGUUUCAGCCUUGAAAAACAUUUGUGAGCUUAAAAGACCUGAGGUAAAGACAGAAGUGGUGGUUGUAAAAGGUGACGAGAAGGGUCCGACCAUAGUAAAAGAAGCAAAAGAAAGAGAGGCUUCUAUGCUGGUUCUAGGCCAGAAGAAACAGCACGCUACGUGGCGGUUACUAAUGGUAUGGGCAUCGCAGGCCCGACCCGUGACGUCCAAACACGACUUUGUGGAGUAUUGCAUCAACAACUCUCCUUGUAUGGCCAUUGCGGUUCGUAAGAGAGGCAAGAAGCUUGGUGGUUACACUCUUACAACUAAGCGCCACAAAGACUUCUGGCUUUUGGCAUGAUUUUUAUUCCUAGUAUUUACUUUUCACAUCUAAAUUAAUUUAACCCUUUUUUUAAAAAAAAAAACAUUAAAAUCAUGGUUGUGGUUUUAUAAAGCUGUCGACAAAAACAAAAAUCAUGGUUGUUGUUUGUGGACUUGUGGGUGCAAUUAUUAUAUGAGUUUACUUCUUCCAAAAUGUAUUUUUGUUUUCAAAUGUAAAAAAAUUUAGUCCAAAGGUUGAGAUUUUUUACUGUCAUUGUAAGUGUUAAAGCGAGGUAAUCUUAUGUUAUUGUAAAACAUGGGCUUUGGGCCUUUUAAUUAAAUUGGGCUUAUGGAUCA